AAGGCACCAAUAUCAACAGCGUCUCUGAGGUUCCAUCAUCAAAUGGGUGUGUAUGAACUGCGCAUGUGCAUGACCGAUCUCUGUCUGUCGGAAGCAGAGUCAGGCUAAUCCAGGGGGUUCACAUCAAAAACCGAAAAUAAAAGAAUUAUGUCAGGCUUUCUGGACGGAAUCCGGUGCGGAGACUGCGAGUGCAAUGUGGACUGGGGAGAAAGAAGAAACACCAUCGCAUCCAUAGCUGCUGGAGUUCUGUUCUUCACUGGUUGGUGGAUCAUCAUUGAUGCAGCAGUGAAAUAUCCUGACCAGGGGCAGUUUCAUCACGCCUAUCAUACUUGUGGAGUCAUCGCUACAGUGGCCUUUCUCAUGAUAAAUGCUGUUUCAAACGGCCAAGUGAGAGGAGACAGCUACAGUGAAGGCUGCAUUGGACAGACAGGCGCUCGAGUUUGGCUCUUCAUUGGCUUCAUGCUUGCUUUCGGCUCCCUCAUUGCCUCCAUGUGGAUCCUGUUUGGAGGAUUCGUAGUGCCUAAAAAGCCUGUUGUGUACCCUGGUAUUGCCAUUUUCUUCCAAAAUGCAUUCAUUUUCUUUGGGGGUUUGGUCUUCAAGUUUGGACGUACAGAGGAUCUGUGGCAGUAAUGGACUCUGUGUCUUCAUGUCCACUGUUUAUACACUCUGCUAUCUAUAUUGUAUGAGACAAUAUGCUUUAGUGGUUAUUCACUUUAUAUAUAAACAUUGUUAGCUUUCAAAUUAACAUGUUUAAUUUAUAUUGUUUGCUGUAUAAUGGCUAAUCGUAACGCAAGCACAAAUGUUCAUAGAUUUGUUUAAAGUUUUGGAUAUUUUCAAAUGUGGCAUAUCUUUAAACAUGUCUAUUUGCACUCAGACUGUGUAGCCAUGUUGUUAUGUUUCACAACUCGUGUAUAACAAAAUGUGUAUUUUGGGAGCUUUACUUCUCUGAACUGUCCACAUUUCUUCAGGUAUCCUUACUUUUAUGAGAUCCUUUAAUUUAGACAGUCUUUUAAGUGGAAACAACAAAUUAUUAUGGUACAAAAUAUCAUUGAGGGCAAUAUUUCAUAUUACUGUACACAUUUGCUGAAUGUAACCAUAAGGGGUUGUUUGUAUUUUUCCUGGAAUAACUCUUGUCAGCACUGAAACUUUGCAGUCAUCCAGAUUUAUUGUUGAAGGUUCACUAGCUGACACUGCUGACAUUAAGUAAACAACGGUUUCAGAACUGUAGGGUGAUGUGUAAUGGAGAUUUGUAUUUGACUGUAACACUUACCAAUUUGCUUGUGUAACAUCCAAACCAUGAGGUCAGUUUCUAAUGACCAUUAAACAAAAAAAAUAUUGGGCAGUAAAGGACUCUUGCAUUCAUGCUUCCACGGUUCAACCUUGAUUUUAAUUAAACAUUUUAAAUACCAGAUUUACACAUAACAUCUAAUAACUUUAAUCAAGUUAUAUACAUUGAUAUGAAUGAACACCAAAAAUAGUUUGUACUUCCAGGAUCAGACUUGAUCUACUUCUUUCUCCGUCUUACUUGUGCACGGCAAGCUGGGGAAACUGCAAAAGAUGAAAACGUUUUGUCCAGUUCUGUUUUAUGAAUUAACAUUUUUUUAAGGUGUAGCACAACACAAAAUAAUAUCAAGUCCAUAACUGU